CCCCCGCAGCAUGCAGCUCCUCUAUAAAAGGUGUCAGGACGCAGUCACCCACUGUCAGUCACCUGCUGUCACCGGCUCACUGGGCUCACCAUGGCUGCCACCUUCCUAGUGCUGCUGCUGCUGCUGGGAGCAGCACAGGCUGCGGUCCCCCCACCCUGCCACGGUGAUCCGAUGUCCUGGUGCUGGGACAUGGCUGUGGCCACACGUUGCGGCUGGGAGCAGCAGUGCUGGGACCUCUGGGACAGCCUGGCCCUGGGGAAUGUGGCUGAUGGGGACAGCAUGGCACAGGGCAGAGGGAUUAAGUGCAGCCAGUGCACCAGGGCCCUGAAGAAGAUAAAGGUGCUGGCAGGUGACAACCCUGAUGAGGCGGCGGUGGCAGCAGCAUUGCGGAAGGGCUGCCGACUACUGGGCCGGCCCAUGGGCAAGGUGUGCCAGCAGCUCAUGAACAAGUACCAGGACCAGAUCACUGAGGGGCUGCAGAAUGGAAACAUGCCCCGGGACAUCUGCACUGCCAUGGGCUUCUGCCGGUCUUGAGCACAGUCAGUGCCCAGCUGUAUCCUGAUUCUACAUCCCCUGAUCUUGCACUCUGCAUCCUGCAUCCUGUGUCCUGUGCUCCACAUCCUGCAUCCGUAUCCCAUACCCCGUGUCCUGCACCCCACAUCUUGAUCCUACAUCCCGCAUCCUGCACCCCGUGUCCUGCACCCUGCAUUGCAAUCCCACACCCCCUGUCCUGCACAGUCUUGCAUCCUGAUGCUGAGCCCACAUCCUGCAUCCAUAUCCUGAUCCUUCACCAAAUGUGCUGCACCUCAUGUCCCAAUCCUGCACUGUGUCCUGAACCCUGCAUCCUGAUCCUGAACCCUCUGUCCUGCACCCCACAUCCUGAUCCCAUAUUCCCCCUCUGCGCCUCACACUUUCCACCCCACAUCCUGCACCCCACAUCUGCCAGAGGGGUGGGAGUGUGCUUGGGACUUCUGAACUAUCCCUGCUGCAGCUCUGUAGGUGGGGGUGAGCCAGGUCACCCUAAAGAAGCAGGGGAAAGGCUAAAGAAGCUGCUUCUGCUGGCCCCCAACUCACCCCUCACUGAUUUCUCCACAGGCACAGCCCCAAGUGCCCUCCAAACCCCUACACCCCUCCAGCCCUGAUGCCCCUGCAGCCCAGCUAUCCAACUCCCCUACAAUAAAGUCCCUCCUCUGGCUCCA